CAAGAGAGAGAGAGAGAGAGAGAGAGAGGCAAGAGCAAGAAGUGCCACGGCCACGGGUGGCGCGAUGCGACGUCGGCUGUCGUGCUCGUGACCGCCCUCCCGCCUCCUCCACCUCCUGCGAUUCCGAUCCGCUGCCCUGUCUGGCCGGCCGGCCGGCCGGCAAGCCCCGCCUCCGCCUCCGCGCCUGCCUCUCCCCUCUCCCAUUUCGUUUCAAUUUAGAGCUGGGAGCAACCAACCAACCAACCAACCCUAGAUCCACCACACGAGAGGAGAGGAGAUCUCCCCGUCCCCGAUCCAAUUCCGCAGAGAUGGACUCCUCCUCCCCCUUCUCCCCUGACGACCAGACCGACGCCGACUUCUUCGACAAGCUCGUCGACGACGACGACAACCCCAUCCCGCCUCCCGCCACCGACUUGCCUCGGUCCGUCUCCGCCACCAGCCUCGACGCCGCAGACGACCACGCCCCACCGCCAGCCACCGACUUGCCUCGGCCCGUCUCCGCCACCAGCCUCGACGCCACAGACGACCCACCCGCCCCGGAGCCGCAGCCUCCGGCUCCCGAGGGGUCAGGCAAGGACGGCGCCGGCGUCCACACCGCGGUCAAGCAGGUGCAGUGGGCCUCCUUCGGAGGUGGCGCGGACGACGGUCCUGAUCCGUUCGCUGAUCUCUCGGGAGGCGCCGGCGACGACGACGGCUUCCUCGGGAGCACGGCCGGGACCCAGACGGCCUCGGAUCAGGACUUCUUCGCUGGGACCAACUCCUCCUCCGAUCAGCAGAAUGUCAAUGGUCAGCACGACCAGGGAGGUGGCACCAGCACUGCAGUGGACUCAGCAGAUCCCAAAUCUUGGGAGGCCAUGUACCCUGGGUGGAAGUACGACGAGGCAUCGCAGCAGUGGUACCAGCUUGAUGGCAGUGUAAAUUCAACCGGGAAUGCAGCUCAGGUGCUGGAGAAUAGCACUCAGAAUGCGCAGCAGCAGCAGCUCGACACGUCUUACCUGCACAAUUCGUCCCAUGCGGGGCUCGAGACAAUUGCCGAGGAGGGCACUGCCGCAGCUGGUGCUGUCUCAAGUUGGGGCCAAGGGGCCGCCUCAGAGUACCCACCCAACAUGCUCUUCUACGCAGAAUACCCUGGUUGGUACUUUGACACCAACACUCAGCAGUGGCACUCGCUUGAGUCGUACCAGCAGGCCGCUAUGCAGGCUGGAACAGCUAGCACGGGUCAGACUGUUGUUGCAAACGAUGUUGUUGCUGCGAAUUCCUCCUCUCUGACAGGCUAUAAUGCUGCACAAACUGAGGACCUUGCUGCCCACAAUCAGGUGACCCAACACAACUCAUUCUCAAAUAGUUUCACUCUGCAGAACCAAUGGCAGACUACGGAUGCAUUUGGUAACAAUGUACGAUCUGAAAGUGCUACGGAUAACAGCCUGGCUAGUAGUUUCUAUGGUUUUGAACAAAACAGGAAUGCUGAGACUACCACUUCCUCUAUGAGCCAACAGGCUGGUUUUAACACAGCGGAAACUGUUACAGAUCACUAUGGUGCACGCAAGGGCUUUGAAUCAUCAAGUCUUCGGAGUGGUUAUAGCUCAUCUGACAGUCAGCAAUCCAGUUACAAGGCAUUCGAACCUUCCACGGGUUAUCAGACUGGUUACAAAGCGUUUGAACCUGCCAUGGAUAACCAGAGUGGCUACAAGGCAUUACCUUCUACGGGUCACCAUAACGCUUCCCAGGGAUUCAUGCCUUCCACGGGUCACCGGACUGAUUUCAAGGGUUCCGGAGCUUCCACAGUUCACCAGGCUGGUUACAAAGAGUUUGAAACUUCUACAGGUUACAGUACAAGUUUCAAGGCAUUUGAACCCUCUUCAUCUCAACAUGCUAGUUACAAGGGUUCCCAACCUAACUACACAGGAUUUGACACUUCUGCAAACCACCAUGGUUAUGGUGAUGCCAAUGGUGUUGCGAGUACUCAAGGCUUUGUCCCAAUGCAAACCACGUACCAGGGCCAGAAACAAGCAAAUGCAACCUCGCAAGGGCACCUGUCAAAUAGUUAUUUUGGUACUGAAAGCUCCAUGAACUUUAAUCAGCAACAAUUUCUGGGUGCAAAUGCAUCAAACUUGCAAUUCGGUCACUCCCCACAUGAAGGCAGGUCAUCGGCUGGUCGACCACCGCAUGCCCUUGUUGCUUUUGGGUUUGGAGGGAAGCUCAUAAUUUUGAAAGAAACUAGCUCCAUGCCCGCAAGCUUUAACACUGGAAAUCAGUUCAAGGGUAACUCUAGUAGCACAGUUUCAGUUCUUAAUCUGUCAGAGGUGGUCGUUGAUAAAGUUGAUCCUUCAAGCAUCACUAAUGGUAGUGCACUUAGUUAUUUCCAUGCUCUGUGCCGUCAACCUGUUCCUGGCCCUCUGGUUGGUGGAAGUGCUGCAUCAAAGGAUGUAAAUAAGUGGCUUGAUGAAAUGAUUGCAUUGUACGAGUCUUCCUCUAGUGAAUUCCAGAAAGGUGAUACUCGCAAGUUGCUUAUUUCAUUGCUGAAGAUACUAUCUCAGCACUAUGGAAAACUCCGUUCACCUUUUGCGUCUGACCCAUCGCAAGAGGAGACAGAUGGUCCAGAAAUGGCAGUAACUAAGCUAUUUUCAUCGUGUAAGAGAAGCACUGUUCAUAUGGGAGAUUAUGGAUCCAUUGUUCCCUGCAUGAAAAAUAUUGCUUCAGAAAGUCAGAUGCAGGCUGUUGCACAAGAGGUCCAAGGCCUUCUAGUUUCUGGGAGAAGAAAAGAGGCCCUUCAGUGUGCCCAGAGAGGUCAACUUUGGGGACCUGCAAUCAUACUGGCAUUGCAGCUUGGUGAUCAGUUUUAUGUGGAUACAGUGAAGAAAAUGGCUCACUUCCAUUUUGUAUCUGGGUCCCCUCUGCGAACGCUAUGCCUUCUCAUUGCUGGACAACCUGCAGAUGUUUUUAAUGUAGAGAACAAUGUCAACAGUGACUAUGGUACAUCCGGUCAACCUAUGGAGAGUCAGCCUGGUCCUAAUGGUAUGUUGGAUGAUUGGGAGGAGAAUUUGGCUAUAAUUACUGCAAACAGAACGAAAGGUGACGAUCUAGUAAUCACCCAUCUUGGUGAUUGUCUCUGGAAAGAAAAAAAUGAGGUUGCAGCUGCCCAUUCAUGCUAUUUAGUUGCUGAACUAAAUAUUGAUUCAUACUCAGAAAGUGCAAGGUUAUGCCUCAUUGGUGCAGACCACUUGAAGUGUCCGCGAACAUUUGCCAGCCCUGAAGCCAUUCAGAGGACAGAGGUUUAUGAAUACGCGAAGGUGCUUGGUAAUUCUCAGUAUAUUCUACUACCCUUUCAGCCAUAUAAGCUGAUAUAUGCAUACAUGCUUGUGGAAGUGGGGAAGGUUUCGGAUUCUUUGAGGUAUUGCCAAGCAUCUAUGAAGGUGCUGAAAGCCUCUGGCCGUGCCCCUGAAUUGGAGGUGUGGAAACAAUUAUUUUCUUCAUUGGAGGAGAGGAUACGCACUCACCAGCAGGGUGGAUAUGGAACAAAUCUUGCCCCAGCAAAACUAGUUGGGAAGAUUUUUACCUCGCUUGAUAAAUCUAUAUCCCGCAUGAUGGGUACACCAUCUGCACCACUUCCACCAUUACCACAUGGAUCUGUUAGUGAUAGAGAGAGCCACUCUAUGCCUGCAGCAGCAAAAUUUGGAAAUAGCCAAUCGGUAAUGACCAUGUCAUCGUUAAUGCCAUCUGCUUCAAUGCAGUCAAUGACUGAGAUAGCAGAGAAUAGUGGUGGCACUGGCAGGACAAUUGCACACAACAGAAGUGUUUCUGAGCCGGACUUUGGUAGAACAUCAAAACAGGGUGCUGGAUCAGAUGGCACACAGAGUAGUGCAUCAGGAUCUGGUAGUUCUCGAUUUGGUUGGCUAGUGCAGAAGACUAUGGAUUUAGUGUCGAAAUCCCACCGCCAGGCAAAAUUAGGGGAUCAGAACAAAUUUUACUAUGAUGAAAAGUUGAAGCGGUGGGUGGAAGAAGGUGCUGCGGUUCCUGCCGAGGAGCCUCCUCUUCCUCCACCUCCAACAAAACCAUCUUUCCAGAAUGGUAUGCCAGACCAUAAGUUGAAUGGCCCCAUGAGUGUAAACCAUGCUCCCAAUGGAGUCACAGAAUGGAAAUCCUCAAAUUCUUCGGAGCAAGGAGGUCUGGGUAUGCCUCCAAUUCCACCUAGCCAAAACCAGUUUUCUGCUCGUGGACGGAUGGGUGUCCGGUCCAGAUAUGUUGACACAUUCAAUAAAUCGGGUGCGUCUGGAGCAGUGCCAUCAUAUAACAAACCAGCUGCUCCAUCUGUGACACCACCAGCUGGUGCCAAGUUCUUCAUGCCGACUGCAGCACCUGCUGCUGCAGAUCAGAUGGUGCCACACCAAGCAGCAGAGAUACACAGUGAAACCAUCCAUCAGGAUGAGCGGUCAGCCUCACCACCAGCAGAAACAUCAUUUUCUUCAACCCCACCACCCACACAAUUUUCAUCACCCCCACCGCACAUGCAAUUUUCAUCACCAAUGCAAUCAACAAUUCAUCGGCAAUCUAGUAUGGACAACAUCUCCACCCCUUACCAGGGUUCUGGGGUAUCAUCAUUAAGCAGCAGCAGCUCAUUCUCAAAAUCACGAGCCGCAUCCUGGAGUGGGACAUACUCUGAGCAGUAUAGUGCUUUUGCGGGCACUCAAUCACCUGAUAGACAGACGAUGCCUUCACCACUCAUGCCUGGCAAACCAUCACACAGUCGUUCCAACAGCAACUCAUCAGUGCAGCUCAAUGGAUUGGCAGAGGAUCUUCAUGAGGUUGAGCUCUAACUGACCACUGCUCAGCAUGACCGAGGUGACUCAUGUCUUGUAUCCACAAAGACAGCCAUGGCAAACCCCUGACGGUUCCAGAAACCCCAAGCGGGUGACAGAAAAGAAGCUGCCCUGACAACGCUGAUCACAGGGAUGCCACAGUUGGAAUUGGCUGGUGCGACUUUGCAUGAGAUUCUGGCAGCGCGCUCUAAACCACCGAGGUGCGUCGGACCUGUACUAAUAGAAAUGCAGGGUUUUUGAACAUUUUGUAGCUAUAUAUAGAUGUUGGUUUUACGUUUUAGAGAGAAGGGAAAGGGUUGGGUGGGCCUUGUUUACAGGUGAGAAGAGGAGAGAAGCAGCAUGCAGAUGCCCUUGUACAGAUAAUCUGCCCCUACCCAAUUUGUUUAAACGCAAAGAAACCCACACCCCCACUCCAUAUUGAUUUUCGUUUUUGGGAGAAGGAUAGAAGAGAAGGUGUGUUCUAGUAGUGUGAGAAGCAUGGCUCUGUAGAGUGUUGUUGUUAUAUCAUUAUAUGGUGUAGUGUCCUAGCCGUAUACACAGUAUAUUAUCACUGUUUAUUCUUUGGAGACGAAUCGAUUCUUUCAUCUUGAAACAAUUAGUGUUGCCUUGCCUUGUUGUA